CCACAGGUGCCCAUCAGCUUCAAGGACUUGGCCGUGCGGUUCUCUGAAGAGGAGUGGCGGCUCCUGCAGGAGGGGCAGCGGGAAUUCUACAGAGACGUGAUGCGGGAAAACUACGAGACGUUGGUGUCUGUGGGGACCUCUGAGCUGCUUCCUCUCUCUGCUUUCCUGUCACCCACAGAGCCUGGAGGAGCCACAGGGGGAGAGAGGCACCAUGAUAAGGGACAAGAACCCCCACUGGAGCAUGGCUCCCAAGGAGGGCAGCCCCAGCAGAGCCUACACCUCACCGCCUUGGUGCAGCUGGUAAAGGAGAUUCCAGAGUUCUUGUUUGGAGAAGUGAAGGGCACUGAGGACUACUCCGAGAGUGGGAGCGCCAGUCUGGAUGGGGAGCAAGCGAGCCCUGAGGUAACUGGGGCUGUGGAAACUUACCCUCCCCGAAGCCUGCUCGGUUCUCUUCCAGAGAGCCCUGAAAGCCACCCCAGCCUGGCCACAACACCCACCGGCAGCUCAUCUUCCUGUGGCCCUCCUGGAGACUGUGCACAAGAAUUCCUCCUACCUGCACUAGGAACUGCUGAUAAACCACUGUCUGUAGAGAAAGAAGGCUUAGCCUCAGGAGAGACUUCCAUUCACUCCACUCAAAGCCUGGACCAGAGCAAGAGUCACCUCAGACAAGAGAGAGGUAGCACAGGGUUAGGAACCUCUCCUGAGAACAGUCCCUUGCAAGGCCUCAUCAACUGUCUGAAGGAAAUCCUUGUGCCUGGACCCCAGCACCGUGGGACAGCCCCAGACUUGCCACCUUCUCUCCCUGGCCUGAGUGUGUUGAAACAGACCGGAGCUGAGGUGGAGUCAGGGAGCCUGCCCUGCACCGUGAAGACAGAGGCAAUAUCCGGGGAUUGUCCCCUUCAGGGCCUGCUGAACUGUCUGAAGGAGAUCCCAGAAGCCCCAGACAGGCGUCCCAGCCCCUCAGGAGCAGGGGACCUGCGGCUUCAGGAGGAUCCAGGGAAAAGGACCUCUGGAGGGAUGAGAUGCCCCCAGACUCCUCCUCUCUGCCGUAAUCAAGAAGCUGCAAGUAUGCUUGCCAUGGUGAAGGUAGAAGAUGGCUGGGCUCAGAGUCCCCCAGUGCCAUCGUCCUGCCAGCUCAGCAGACAAGGCCACAGUCCCUAUUUCACUGGAGAUAACAGAGAGGCCCGUGUGCCCCGCUGGGGCCCCAUGACUCUCGCCGGCAGGGCAUCAAGUUCACCUCUAGAAGCUCUGGAGGCCUGUCUGAAGGGCAUUCCUCCAGGUGGGUCAUCACCUCUUCAGUCUCUAGCCACCUCGUGGUCCAGAAGUCCCCAGCCAGGAGAUGCUGGGUCUCAGAGACUUGAGCUACAGCCACAAGGAUCCCACAGUGAAGAAGCUACAAGAGAUCCACUUCUGCCUCUGAGCUUGCAGGGCUGCAGGAGAGGGGGACCUGGGGUUCAACCCUCUGGCUCCCAGGGAACCCCUACCAGCUUCUCCUCAGCCAGCAGCAGUGAUGGGGAUCUGGAUUUCGGGAGCCCCAGGAGCAGUCAGGGGCAACGGCUUGGGAGAGGAUAUCCACCAGGGAACUCUCCACUCCAAGGCCUAGAGAACUGUCUGAGAGAGAUCCCUAUUCCCAGGCCACAGGCUGCCUGGCCUUGCUCUUUGGCUGCAGACAAGGUGUUGAAGAGAACAGAGCCCAGGAACUGGACUGCAGACAGAGAAGGACCGAGGGGUGAGGCCUGUGAGCCACCCCACUUUGGACAGGGUCGGGGAGAAGUGCCCAGCAGGAGUCUCCGAAUAGGGAGUACACAGACCUGUCCUCCCACCUGCCACCAAGUGACCACCAGGCCAGGAAUGUGGCAAUGGCCAAAAGAUGAGACAGUCACCAUGCCCUCCCCUCUACACUGCCUGGAGAGCUCUCUGAGGGGGAUCUUGCCUGUGAGGCCCUUGCGUUUUACCUGCGUGACUGGUCCUGGCCCCAGUCCCAGCCCCUGCUCCAGCUCCAGCUUCAGCAGCUCUGAUGGAGAAGACCUAAGGCCAGAGCCUGCAUUCUGGCAGCCACCCCUCCAGAGGAAAGACCACCUUCCCUCCGGUAAGGGUCCUGUCCCUCUGUGCCCUGUUUCGGGAGCAUCCCCAAGAGUUGGCAACAAUAGCCGCCUUGCUGAAGAGCCUGAGAGAACAGAGCCUGGGGACUGCAGCAGCCUCAAUACAGGAAAAGCAGAAGGGACAGGAGUCAAGUCCCAGUCACCCAAAAGAGAAGGGGCUGCAGAGCACACAUGUCAGUCUGAUCCUGUCAACAGUGAUGAAGGAAGAGGAGGAGAGGCAACUGGGUGCCCAUGGCCUGCCUCUCAGCUGGAGGAAAGGCCUGAGCCCAAGGGUACUGAAGACUCCGGGGACCUGAAGCCUGGACAUGAGCAACCCAGUGCUACAGCCAGGACCCAAGGGAAGCUGCUCUCUGAGGACCCUCCAGAGCCUAGCAAGUCUCCCCUUCCCACAACAGCCUUGUCAAAGUGGCCACCCACUUCUCUCCAGCCACCAUGCCCCUGUGGCAGAUCCCUGCAGCAGGAGCUGCACAGCCUUGGUACUGCCCUCACGGACAAGCUGGACCAGCUUGCAGCAGCCUUGGCAGGCUUGACUCAGGAAGUGGCCACCAUGAGGACCCGGAUGGAUCGGAUGGAAAGGCGCUCACGGAGCCUUGGACCAAAAGGCCAGGCUUCUUGGCAGUUGGCCCUCUCCCAGAGACCUCGCUGGGCCAACAGAUUGAACCACAGACACCCACCUUACUGGAGGCAGAAGGGCCCCACUAGGCCCAGACCAAAGAUCCUGCGGGCCCAGGCAGAAGGCUGCAAGACUGGUGACUGUCCAGGAGUCUCUAGAGGGAAGGGCAAUUUGGUGCCUCAGCUGCCUCCAGAUGCUUCCUCGGUAGAAUCUUCCAGGCCCACCUGUAGCUCAUCCCAGCAGAUCUCCUCAGCACCCGGAGGCCACAAUGGGCUGACUGCACACGCCCUUCUGGAACACACUGGAUGUCACCAGAAUCCCCUCUCCCCUUCAGUGCCUACUGCCUUGGUCCCCCUUGUGGCCUCACCUGCAACCAGUGCAGACACAGAACCUCAGGCUGCUAGAGUAGCAGCAAUCAGCACUCCAAACCAGCACAAGGAACCUAACAGCCUGCUAGGGGGAGCCCUCAGUAAAGACCUCUGGGGAGGUGACCACAGGGAUCCAAGGUGGGGGGCCCAUUAA